CACCGAGCCGUGACACCGCCGCCACCGUCCGUCUGCGGCACCGAACCCCGCUGUUGUUGUUGUUGUUUUUAUUCUGCGCAGCUUCUUGACUUGUUUUUUUUUUUUUUUUCCUGCGCAGAGCAGCGGAUCAAUAACGGAACCGUGACCCGCAGCUCGGUGCAUCAUCUGCGGAUUCCUGCGCUCCGGUGGAUCCGCUGAUGUGGAGCCUGAUGCUUUAGGAUUUUCUCCACUGUUGGAACAAAGUGCAGGACUGAAUGCAGCCUUUCUAGUCGCUGUUUGAUUAUUAUUAUAAUUCUAAUUAUCAGCUGUCUGGAUCAGGUGGAUUUCUCAGACUGUGUGUGUGUUUUUUUUAGUUAAUUAGACAUUUGCACGGACUAAUUGUUAAACAGAACCUGAACAACAGAACCCAGUGCAGGAGGACAGGCUGAUAUUUCAUUUUUGUGCAUAUUUUCAUGCAGUUAAUGUGACAUAGAAGCUAUUUUCUGGAUUUUUAUAUUGAUUUCCAUUAAAAUCAACCUGCAGAAAACUGCAUUUCCAUCAUAUACGUGGGAAAAUCUCACUUUGAGAUUCAAACUAGAAAUCCCAUUCAGUGGUCAGUAGGCUCAUCAGCAAACUGCAUUUUUUAUUUUUAUUUUAAUUUUUUUUGCUAAUUCACCCCCUGCUGGAGGUCGACCUGCUCCAUCAUGUUCAGCUGGCUGGGAACCGACGACCGCAGGAAGAAGGAGCCGGAGGUGUUCCAGACGGUCAGCGAAGGCCUCAAGAAGCUCUACAAGACCAAGCUGCUGCCCCUGGAGGAGAGCUACAAGUUCCACGAGUUCCACUCCCCGGCGCUGGAGGACGCAGACUUUGACAACAAGCCCAUGGUGCUGCUGGUGGGCCAGUACUCCACCGGCAAGACCAGCUUCAUACGCUACCUGUUGGAGCAGGACUUUCCAGGAAUGCGAAUCGGCCCCGAGCCCACCACGGAUUCCUUCAUCGCGGUGAUGCACGGCGACACCGAAGGAGUGAUCCCCGGCAACGCUCUGGUGGUCGACCCCAAGAAGCCCUUCAGGAAGCUGAACGCGUUCGGAAACGCUUUUCUCAACAGGUUUGUGUGCGCUCAGCUUCCCAACCCGGUGCUGGAGAGCAUCAGCGUGAUCGACACUCCGGGGAUCCUGUCCGGGGAGAAGCAGCGAAUCAGUCGAGGCUAUGACUUUGCAGCCGUCCUCGAGUGGUUCGCCGAGCGCGUGGACAGGAUCAUUUUGCUGUUCGACGCUCACAAGCUGGACAUUUCCGACGAGUUCUCGGAGGUGAUAAAGGCCCUGAAGAACCACGAGGACAAGAUCAGAGUGGUGCUGAACAAGGCCGACCAGAUCGAGACCCAGCAGCUGAUGAGAGUUUACGGAGCCCUGAUGUGGUCUUUGGGGAAAAUAGUCAACACCCCUGAGGUGAUUCGCGUCUACAUCGGUUCGUUCUGGUCUCAUCCGCUGCUGAUCCCCGACAACAGGAAGCUGUUCGAAGCAGAGGAGCAGGAUUUGUUUAAGGACAUCCAGUCGUUACCGAGAAACGCGGCGCUGAGGAAACUCAACGAUCUGAUCAAGAGAGCGAGACUGGCCAAGGUCCAUGCCUACAUCAUCAGCUCCCUGAAGAAGGAGAUGCCUUCAGUGUUCGGGAAGGAGAACAAGAAGAAAGAGCUGAUCGGCAGCCUGGGAGACAUCUACAAACGCAUCGAGAGAGAACAUCAGAUAUCUCCUGGAGACUUCCCAAAUCUGAAGAAGAUGCAGGACCAACUCCAAUCUCAGGAUCUCACCAAGUUCCAGCCUCUGAAACCCAAAUUCCUGGAGGCCGUCGAUGACAUGCUGGCCAACGACAUCGCCAGCCUGAUGGUGCUGGUCCGGCAGGAGGAAACCCAGCGGCCCAACCCGGUGGUGAAGGGCGGCGCCUUCGACGGCACCUUGGACGGCCCGUUCGGACACGGCUACGGCGAAGGAGCCGGCGAAGGCAUCGACGAGGCCGAGUGGGUGGUGGCUCGCGACAAACCCGCCUACGACGAGAUCUUCUACACGCUGUCUCCGGUGAACGGGAAGGUGACGGGAGCCAACGCCAAGAAGGAGAUGGUGAAGUCGAAACUGCCCAACACGGUGCUGGGGAAGAUCUGGAAGCUGGCAGACAUCGACAAGGACGGGAUGCUGGACGACGAGGAGUUUGCGUUGGCGAAUCAUCUGAUUAAAGUGAAGCUGGAGGGACACGAACUACCGUCAGACCUGCCUGCACACCUGGUGCCUCCUUCCAAGAGGAAAAUACCUGAAUAAAUGUAAGCUUCCUCCACCACCUGCCCCUAACACCUGUAAGUAGCCCCGCCCCCGUCCCCGGAGAAAACAGUCCCUGUAGCAUUAUAGCAAAAAAAAUACUAAUGAGAAAUACUAGCAACGAAAUUAGACCCAUUUCUGAUUCUCCACCCUGCUCUGUUGCUGCCAUCCCCAUUUCUGUAGUCUAACGGUCAAGUAGCAAAAACAUUCAAGUAAAAAUGAAGCUGAUGAGGUUGCUGUUAGGGUUUGACACCUCUGUAGGACUUAAUGUACCAAAACGGCAUCGACUGGUGAUCCCAACACAAGAACUAUUGAGGAGUGUGAUGUGAACAAGUCUGGUCUUAGAUGUAGUUUAUUGAGAUGUUCGGAUGUUUUCAGCCCAUUAAAUGAGAUUUAAAGAUUAUUCCCAAAUAUACAAAUAGUCCAGUUGGGAUCUUCUCCACCUUCUAGUAGUUUCAGGAGGCUGUUUUGAUCGUGUUUAGCUGUGGUUGAGCUGCGAUUUGGCGCUAGCAAAGAGGAGCUAACGUCCACAUGAGAUUGAGGCGCAACUAAGCAAACUUUUAUUCUGAAGACUUAAGGUUGAGUCCCGUCUCCAAGUGUAAUUAUAGUUUUAUUUUUAUGCUCAAGUCUCGUUCUGCCUUCUGUUUUCACUUGCUGUUGGUGUUAACUUGCCUUUUAAGGUGUGUUUGGUUAAGUUUGGGCCACCAAAGCUGCUUGGUUAAGGUUGGAAAUGGCUCAUGGUUGGGAUUAAAACGGAUAGAAUGGAUUAGAAUCUGUUCGUUGUCAUUGCGCAGUGUAGGAUGAGAUAAACCGCAAUCCUGUUGGUGUGUUCACAGUCAGUUUAAAUGACAUGUACAUGGACACUGGCGAAUAGGAGUGUAACAUACACCCCGUGGCUGUGUUUAAAACAUGUAUGAAGCCUGAUUUUGUAAGUUUCCAGAGUAAUAGCUCCACCAAGGGCGGCCGCAUGACUGUAAGAGGUUGUCAACAGGUUUCUUUCUGUUAAUGAAUGAUCGGAAUGGAGAAUAAAUGGGAAUGAAUGGGGGAAAAAUGCGUCCUGAGGCUACUUAAAGGAGGUCCCUGCUGGCCCGUAUGAUUGGAAAUGACCUACAGUGAUUUCAUGGGUUGAUAACAUCCGAGUCUGGUGGAUAUUUAAACUGCUGGUUUUAACGUUUAUGCUCAACUUUUUGGACAAAAUGCAGCCACACCGACUACGUCUUUGGCAUGGUUUCAGUAAAAAAAGUUAGAUCUGGCUGUCUUCAUUAGAUUGGACCAAUUCAAAGGUGUUCAAAGUUGAGAAGUCUGUUCCAGAGAUAAUGGAUGUAGACGUGGACUUCUAGCAUCAUUUGAAAGCUUUUAACGGCUAUUCGAGUUCCAUACAAUAAAAAAAGCUCCUGUUUUGUCGUUUAAACUGAGCAGUAUUUAGGGAGGACAGGUGAAGAAACACUGGAAUACAGAAAAAUAUAAGUUUAUCUGAACUACUGGAAGAAAGUGAGAGACGCUACGAUGUGAAGACGAGAAGGAAGCAGGAGAUAAAUAUGCAAAACAAAACAAAAGAAACAGCUUUUCACCGUUAAACCUCCAAGAAGCGAACUGCAGUCUCGUAUUUAAAAGGUCCUGCAUUAUUUUUAGCUGAGCGGUCUGGCUUUCGUUUCGUGGUGACAUGUUGAACAAAGAUUUCCUGGAAGGUGUCUGGAGAAUUGGAAGCACUCAGCGGAACGAAGCGUAGAAAGAAAACGGCCUUGAUUACCGAAUAAAGUCUUAAAAUGUGACGAUUUGUUUGGUUUGAGCUCUGAGGAGAAACUACAAGUGAUGUUUUAUCUCUUUUCUGACUUAUGAAUAGUCUCAUUAACACGUACUGAUACUGUGACUGUAAUAACAAACUGUAUUCUGGGUAUUGUUGGGACACGCUCAGUAAAACUGUACCGUGAGGACUCUGAAUGUGUUUCUGUGCGUGCUGACUGUCGUAUGUGUGUCUGUAUGCGUCUCACCACAUGUGUUAUUAUUUGUCUGUAUCCAGUCAGCUACUGAGUCGGGAGGAUUCCAGGCGGGUUAUUAAUUAAAAACUGAUCAGCUCUUCUUCUUAUUAUUAUUCACCUUCGAGUAUAAUCUAACCUGAGCGGACAGCUGUGUGUUGUGGUGACACUAAUUGACACGUUUUUAAAAGUGUUUCUUUCCAGUUUCAUGUAUUUAAAUUGUAAACAUGUAAUAAAUAUAAUUCCUCUUUUUAAAUGUUUGUCAGACGCCGAACAGCCGCGACAUUAAAACCGCCGACAGCCCAACGGUU